CUAGUUUCAUAGUUUUCUUCUUUCUUUGAAUGAAUAGUUCCUCUUCUUCAUUUCAAAUAAGAUGUCUGAGUCUUUUACUUUUCGCGCAGGGAGGUGGACACAGAUCAAUACAACUGUUGUAACCGAUGAGUCAGAGGUGGAUGAGAAUCUCAAAUUGCUGUAUUCUAACGUUAGUUCACAUCCUAAAACCUUUGGGAGAGUUGUAGGUUUAGGUAUAGAAAAGUCAUUCAGUUCAACUACAGAUGGAGUUAUAAGUGAGAAAGUUGCAGUGUUGAAACUAUCUACAGGAAAUUAUUGCCUUAUUGUCCACCUUAUACACUUGAAGAAAAUACCCACUUCCCUUGCUAAGUUUCUUAAUCUUUCAGAUAUAACAGUUGUUGGUGUCGGCAUCAAACAGAACCUGUGUGAUCUCCGAAGGGAUUAUGGGAUUCAAUGUGGGAGUGCUGUAGUUGAGCUAGGAGAUUUAGUUGCUGCUACUCCUUCUAAGAAGAGUUCUCCUAUCGUAACUUCUUUUACUUUACUGGAUUUGAGCCAGUAUCGUCAGUUGCUCAACAUUAAAGCUAGAUCUUAUGAGCCAGAGCCAGAAUCUGAUGAUGUGCGUUACUGUAAUUUGGUGAAAUCAACCGAUGUUGCUUUUGGUGAUUGGGGUAGCAGUGAGCUGAGUAAGGAUCAAAUCUGCCAAGCUAGUAUGGAAGGCCUAGCAAUCAUCCAGAUUGCGGAAGAUUUUGGCAAAUUUAUGAACUCGGCUACCAACACUAUUCAAGUAUUCGGAAGUUCAGAUUAUUGUUAAAUAGCAGACGUUAAUUAGCUUUUAUA